GCCCACACUUCAUCAGAUGAUGUUCACCCUAGCACUUCUCAACAAUCUCAGAGUGCUGGGAUCAGAAGGAAUCUGCCUCUACCUAUGAACCUAGCUCAAGCUGUAAGGUCCUUGUCAAGUCACAUGUUACCCAGAUUGUAUCCAGAGCUGUGGAGAGCUCAGACUCAACGUUCAAACACUGCACAAGGAAGACCACCUGUAUCACAACAGAAAAGAGUUGGCUCCAGGCUACCAUCUAGGGUGAUUGCGGCUAGAAGACAGCCCACCAGUUGCCAAAUCCCCCUCCGACCAGAUUUGGCACAAAUCAAACACUUGAUAAAACGCAAGGUUACCUGGAUGGACGAUACACCAGUGAGACCCACAACAUCCAGGCAGGUGACAUCACAGCCGACACCAAGUCCCUCCUCAUUGGCCAGUGGACCACACGGGACGCCAACAGGGCCUUCGGACGCCAACAAUGCCGGCGAGUCAGUUGUUCACUCAGUAAGAUCUCUGCAGCUUUGCAGCUCCAGCUCGGAAUCUUCUCCUUCUCCCACUGGCACGUUACCAUAUCGACGCACCACUCCCACAUUCCGCACACGGCGUUAUCGGAACCAGUUGGAGUGGUACAAGACCCUACGCAGCGAGAUGAAACUGAGGCAUCACAAGAAGAGCCUGGAGCAACUCUACCAUAAGAACAAAAAAUUAGCAAGAGGAGCAAAGUCUUCAGGAACAGCUCAAGCAGAUGGCCCCUCUGGAAGUCAGGCGUUGCGGCCUGUGGACCAAGACGCGACCUCACUUCAGACAGGAAGCGAAGCAAAGAGGAAGCGAAGCCCGCGCUCAGAGCAAGCCCUGACGGAGGUGAGCCACGUCCCAAUCAAGACGACCCGCCGCUCCUGGCGUCGCCAGCUGGACAGCAGCAGCUCCAACUCCCCUUCUCCGAUCUCUCUAAGUCCCACUGCUGCCUCAGACAGCAGACAGCCCGUUGUUCCCCACGCUGCCCCUGGGCCCUCGGGAAUCGCACACUGUGUUGACUUGAACCUGUUUCAUAAUAGUUCUCCAACAAAGACGACGCCAUCCAAGGGCACACAAGGUCAAAGACAAAGUCAAAACCCUGCCAUCUCCAGCUCAGCUAAAGAUGCAAGCACGGAGGUGAAAGCUACAAGAGCUAAUGGAGUUGUUGGUUCACCAUUAACGAAGACUACACCACGCAAGGCUGCACAUAGUGAUAGAGGUUGUCAGAGCCCUGCCAUUACCAGCUCUGUGAAGGCUAAGAGAUCUGUGGUUAAAGCUACGAAAAAUGAUGUUGGAUCACCCUUAAAGACGGCCAAAGGCUCAUGUAAAAACCCCGGCCAAAAGCAGUAG